CCAAGUUAUUCAGUAGAUAAAAAUCCGUUUAUUUCACUCUCAGUCCGACUUUCCCUCCCUCCAAACACAAGAGAGAGAAGAGGGGUUUUCUUCUUUAAGCUACCAAACCCACUGGAGAAAAACAAGAAGCUCUAUCUCUAUUCUCACUUCUUGAAGAUAAGUCUUGCCCUUCUUGUCACCACACCCCUCUUUCGAUUGGGAGUCUUUCUCCUCUCUAAAACCCUGAGUGAUUGCCUAGAAUCUUUAUCGGCCGCUUAAUACAGAGGAGGUUUUGCGCCAGAAAUGGGUUGUAGAAUAAUAGCUACUGUGCUACCCAUUGCUCCUUCAAAACUCGAGCCAUCCCGACCACUUGUUUCAUCUUAUUCUUCUCUGGCUAGUGGGGUUUCAUUAUGCUUCCCUUCCAAUUGCUCAAGUGGAGUAAGUUUCAAAAGUUCCUCUUUUUAUCCUGAAAGAACAAAGGCAGAGACAGUGCCGCAGUCAAUUUCCCGGGCCACCAAUCAGAUUUGUAGAGCCGCAGCAGAGUACAAAUUUCCCGACCCGAUUCCUGAAUUCGCUGAGGCUGAGACAGAUAAAUUCAGGACUCAUCUCCUCAGCAAGCUGUCCAAGAAAGAUAUCUAUGAAGACUCGGUGGAAGAAGUUGUAGAUAUCUGCACUGAGAUAUUCGGUACCUUCUUACACACCGAGUAUGGUGGUCCAGGUACGCUCCUGGUCGUUCCUUUCAUCGAUAUGGCUGAUACAGUUCAUGAAAGGGGCUUGCCUGGUGCAUCACAAGCAGCUCGAGCGGCAGUCAAAUGGGCACAAAAAUAUGUCGACAAGGACUGGAAGGAAUGGACUGGUAGUGAUUGAAUCGAAUAGUCUCAGAAAAAACACUUCCUCUUAUUGCAUGGAAUGUUUUGCUUGUAUUUUUUGUUAAUCUGAGUGUAGAUUUUAGGAGUUGAUCCAGCAGUUUUGAUACCUGUUUGAAUAAUUUAGAUUGUUAAGGUUACCAAUGGACAAUUUUAGAUAGAGACGUAAGAGAAUGCAAAUUCAACCAAACCAUUUGCCAAAUUAGAGAGUGCAAUAUACGGGUUUGAAUCAAUAUGAAUGAAGAGUGCAAUAGAAACUUUG